CCGUCGCAGUGCAAAGCGCAUGUGCUGUGCGCGCACAUGUGGCAACAGCAGCCGCCCUGGACACGACCGCGCUGAAGUGCUCCCGACUCGGAUCCCUGCAUAUGAUUCCCACCUCCUAUCUUCAUCACAUCCACCCCUAAUGGAGUCUCUCCUCCUCCUCUUCCUCCUCAGCACCGUGGAUUUAAGCAGCAGCAUUCUCAGCAUGAAAUGAAGCAGGCCAUUCCUGGAUACUCGUCAACUGAAGAAUCCGGUAUCUUAUUGCUGGGAGAGGCCAUGACACCACGGGGGGAUGUGGAUUAAGGCGAGUACACCUCACAUCAUCACACGCCUCUCCUCUUCUGCACGGCGAGCCGGAGCAGCUGCGCUUUAGAACCAGCAGGCCGGACACUUACUUCCUGUAAGUCAACAGCGCUCCACUCUAGCGGUAACCGAUAAGAUGGCGGCUCGGGAAGCGACUGGGCACAGCUUCCUGGUGGCGUGCUGGCAGCCCAUUCUCAUCUUGAUGCUGGGCACUGUGCUGUCGGGCUCGGCCACUGGCUGCCCGUCCCGCUGUGAGUGCAACGUCCAAGAACGCUCUGUGUUGUGCCACCGUAAGAAGCUGAUGACGGUUCCAGAGGGGAUCCCUGCAGAAACGCGGCUGCUGGACCUUGGCAAGAACCGGAUAAGGACCAUCAACCCGGACGAGUUUGCCAGCUUCCCCACCCUGGAGCACUUGGAGCUGAGUGAGAACACCAUCUCCACCAUCGAACCCGGCGCCUUCAACAAUCUCUACGGCUUGCGGACAUUGGGGCUGCGCAGCAACAAGCUAAAGCUGAUCCAGCUCGGGGUCUUCACGGGCCUGAGCAAUCUCACCCAGCUGGACAUAAGCGAGAACAAGAUUGUCAUCCUGCUGGACUACAUGUUCCAGGAUUUAUACAAUUUGCGCUCGUUGGAGGUGGGCGACAACGAUCUGGUGUUCAUCUCCCACCGGGCUUUUCAUGGACUGAGUAGCCUGGAGCACCUGAGUCUUGAGAAGUGCAACCUGUCCUCUGUGCCUACAGAGGCGUUCACCCACCUCCACAGUCUGAUCACGCUCAGGCUGCAGCACCUCAACAUCAACAUUAUACGGGAUUACUCCUUCAAACGUCUCUACCGGCUGAAGGUGCUGAAGAUUGCCAACUGGCCAUAUUUGGAUACAAUGACUCCGAACUGCUUGUACGGAUUAAACCUGACUUCUCUGACCAUCGCCAAUGCUAACCUGACCACCAUCCCUUACGUAGCCCUGCGGCACCUGGUCUACUUGCGCUUUCUCAAUCUUUCCUACAACCCCAUUCACACCAUUGAUGGGAAUAGGCUCCACGACUUGCUUCGUCUUCAGGAGUUCCACCUGGUCGGAGGCCGACUCGCCAUGAUUGAGCCCUACUCUUUCCGCGGUCUAAACUACCUGAAGAUCCUCAAUGUGUCUGGGAACUCUCUCAGCACUUUAGAAGAAUCUGCGUUCCAUUCGGUGGGAAACCUGGAGACUCUGGCGUUGUAUGACAACCCCUUGGCCUGCGACUGCCGCCUCUUGUGGGUCUUCCGGCGGCGCUGGAGGCUCAACUUCAACCGGCAGCAGCCCACCUGCGCUUCCCCCGAGUUUGUCCAAGGCAAAGAAUUCAAAGACUUUCCGGACGUGCUGCAACCCAACUACUUCACCUGUCGCAAGUCCAGGAUCAGGGAUCGCAAGGCGCAGCAGCAGUUUGUUGACGAGGGCGCCAUUGUUCAUUUCUCCUGCGAGGCUGACGGUGAUCCUGCGCCGGUGAUUAUGUGGCUUUCCCCGCAGAAGAAGUUCAUCACCACCAAAACCAUUGGACGGGUCUCUGUGCUGCCCGAUGGCACCCUGGAGGUCCGCUACGCUCAGAUCCAGGACAAUGGCACUUACGUGUGCAUAGCUAGCAACGCCGGCGGCAAUGACACCGCCCUGGCUCACCUGCACAUCCACAGCUACUCGCCCGAUUGGCCCUUCCAGCCCAACAAGACCUUUGCCUUUAUCUCCAACCAGCCUGCGGAUACCGGUGGCAACGACACGCGAGCCAACGUCCCGUUCCCCUUUGACAUAAAGACCCUGAUCAUCGCCACCACAAUGGGGUUCAUUUCCUUUCUGGGCGUGGUUUUGUUCUGCUUGGUGCUGCUUUUCCUGUGGAGCAGAGGCAAGGGCAACACCAAGCACAACAUCGAGAUUGAGUACGUGCCACGCAAAUCGGAUGCCGGCAUGAGCAGCAGCACAGUGGACGCGCCACGCAAGUUUAACAUGAAAAUGAUUUAAAGGAUUUUCAAUGACAAAAACUGGUUCCCGGUGUGUUCACUGACUGAGGAAAAAGUGGUUGUGAGGCAACGAAAGCGGGGGCUGCUGCGGCUCGUGGGCCACUUUUAUUGAAAGUCAUGUUAGUUAUAAACACUCCAUGUUGCGGUGGCUCAAAAAUGGCAAAAACAGAAUUGAUGACACCCCCAAGCUUGAAGAUUUACAAGAGCUAGAUGGUUUGGCCGUUUGCUGUUUGAUUUUAUUUGAAUAUUUCUCCCCGUUCCUUGAGGCCACAUGUCAAGAAAUGCAUUACUUUGAUAUGGGCUGAUGAGCACAUUUAUACAGCAUCGUCAAUACACUUCAUCAUGUUUGAACUGUGAAUGCUUUGUCCUACUUUAUGGCCAUUAUUGCUCCGUGAUCCAUCAGUGUCACAACCAUUGAUCUGGAGCAGCGCCGCCAUCAGUAAAGUACAUUUGAGAAGAAACGGACGCUUAUUUUGGAAAUGAUUGGAAAAACUAAAUCGGCAGUGAUGCAAGUUGAGCGCUCUCUCUCUCUCUCUCUCUCUCUCGCUCUCUGUCAACCUAUCACUCUUUACACACAUUUAAAAAGUUUGAAGACACCUUCCCAUGCUUUUAUAAUGGGAAUGUGUGUCUAAACUUUUGAUCGGUACUGCAUAAGUCCACACAGGAUUGGGAAAAUAUAUCUCUUUAGUGAUACAGUAAUCCCUUGAAUUUCACGGCUUCUCUCUUAUUGUUUAUUUCGAAAAUGUAUUAUUUUAUUGGCAUAAAUUAUGCUGAGAGAAUGUUUUACAACAAAUAUUAAAUUUUUGUUAUUUUUAGUAAGUUAAGCGAGUGCAGCGUAAAUAGAUAACAGUAUAUAACAGAAUAAAUACAAGAAACGUAAAUGCAAUACACAUACAUAAAUAAUAAAUGAUAUAAUGUUGAGAGUAAUUGAGUACAUAAAACAUUCAGGCAGUAAUGAGGGGGUUACUUUUUGCCAAAUUUGAAUACCAACAACUGAUUACACGCUCGUGGAUUCUGAAAAUGUUCGGUUGAAGUCAGUAAAAGAAAGCACUUAUGUGUUCUGCUGUCAAACAUGGUGCUUUUCGCAUUUUUCAUAUCAAAAACAACGUGCAUUAUCAUAUGAAUAAUAUUUUAUGUUCAAUAUGACUAUAAAGAGUCAUAGUUGCAAUGCUCACAUUUUUAGGGGUUAAAUGUGCUCGUCAAGCUUGUUGUUUUUCGGUUUCAUGAAAUAUCCCUCCUCUCAUCAAAUCAUGGGAAUAUUAAUUUACAGGUGAAAGGUUGGGAGGAGACAACGUGUCCAGUAUGGUGGUGGACCUCCUAUGCGUAUUGUGUGCACUGUGGACAUCUGGCCUUUGCAAGCGUAUGCGAGGAUGAAGGCAAAGUUCUUGAUAAUGGACCCACAUUACGGACAAGGGCGCUGCCAAUGAAUAUGCAGAUGGAGGCAGUGACACAGAUGGUUUGAGCCGUGGAUGCAAUCUGCAGCAGCUUUGGUGUAAUCCCUUUUGCAUAAAGGAGAAAAGAAAAAAAAAAAACAACAACAGAGUGGAUGCAGCUCACGGCUUCUGAAUGCUCUCUUUGUUUGUUGGAGGUGUGGGUACUUUACACGGCGUCCUUUGCUCCUCAGUCAACCUCGGGUUGUCUUUUUUUUUCCCAUUUCAUGCUGUUUUUUUCCUCCUUUUGACCCGGGACUAUAUGGAACAUGUAGUCCAAGCCAACUUUUUACUGGAAAAAAAGACUCCCCAAAACAAAAAAAGAAAUAUAUGGAAAAUAAAAUUCAAAUUGUUCUGUGCAAUAAAGGUAAUAUGCAGAUUUGUUUUUGUUUUUUGUUUUUUUUUUAAUUAACAAAAUCUUGUUGAUGUUCAAUUGUUGACAAUAUGGUAUGUUGUAUUAAAACAUCUAUGGAAUUUUCUAAA